AGAAAGACUACACAGAAAAAUCCAGAGCAGAUAUCAAAGAAGGUCUUGGGUUUUAGAGAAACAAGUACAGAGAGACUAGCAGACGUCAAAACUAAGAGCAGACGUGAAGCCGAAACUGACGAAGAGGAAACGGAAUGUGGAUCUAGUGAUUCUACAAGUAUGGGUUCAGGUGCAUCAAGGGAUGGAGAGGUUGUGGAUGAAGACCCUCAGUAUGCCCAGAAGUCGAUGGCGCCGAUAUCGGGUCAUAGGUUACCCACGGGAAGCGGGGUCCAGUCGAGAUCGCAGACGUCCAUGCAUCCUAAGGGUUCGUCCAUCAGUCGCAAUCUGUCGAGGUCUCUUGUACAGACACCAGGACCAUCCAGAAGCAUGGAUCAGAGCACCGUGUCAAGGUUUAUUGAUGGUUAUGAAGAAGCCAUUGUGAAUGUCUCGCGAGGAGGAUUUUCAAUGCAAGAAAUAACCAUCAUGGAGGGCCAGGUUGUCACUUUCAGAUGGGACGAAAUAAACAGUUUAAAGAUUAUACAGGUUGUGUCUGAUGGAGAAAAGCUGAGGCCUGUGAUUGGUGGUUACGUAGCAACCGGAGACGAAUGUAACGGAGUCUUUCAUCAACAGUUCAACCUGGAGGGGGAAUACAAGUUUGCUGUCUACGGCCAGCGUUGCACGCCACUGAGUGUGAUCGUGCGGCGCCGGAUGGACCUGCAGGCCGAAGUGACCGAUGACGGCUUCAACCCGGAGCUGAUCUACAUCGACCAGGGCCACGCCGUCAAGUGGCUGUGGAAGAACUGCAUGAUGCCACACUACAUCCAGGAGGUCGUGUACUGCAUCGACAGAGGGUGCUUCAAGAAACAGCCAGCCAAUACAAGUGUGGUGGCUACAGUUUCUGGAAGCUAUCGGCAUCAGUUCAAUAAACCAGGGAUGCAUUUCUUCCAAACGGAGAGCAAGGAGAUGGGCAAGUCCAACAUGUGUAUUGUUCACGUCAGAGAGGCUCAGAGAGAACACAAGAUAGAGGUUCUAGAUCGAUCCUUCCAGCCCAUGAUCCUGUUGAUAGAGCAGGGAGACCGAGUCUGGUGGCACUGGGACAGAUCCAGGUGUAAGAAGUCUCACAGUGUGUAUCAGAUCGACCCACCGGGAGAGGACCACGAUGAUGACCUCUACAUGCCAACAAAAGAUGGAUUUCGAUGGUCUAUACCUAGUAAACAAGGUUUUCUAAGUCAUGAGUUCCACCGUCCAGGCGUGUACUAUUUCUCGGACCAGAACUUUGAGGAAACAGCAGAAUACAUUGGCACGAUAAUUGUGAAACCACGGCAACAGGAACAUUUUGUCGAACUCAAGCAAAAGGGAUUUAGCCCAGAUCUGGUGUAUGCUAACACUGGUGACCGAGUCUGGUGGACGUGGGACGGAGAUGCCAUUGUGGAUAUUCAGGAGAAUCUUCUUAUUCUGGAAGACGACAAAUGUCUCAACCCGGUUGCUAGGAAACAGAGUGCCGAGGGAGAAGAAUCUUUGCAAGUGCUGGAUGAGAACUCAGCAUCUCUGUUAACGAAAGUCGGCAUGGCAACCACACAGUUCACAACAAUUGGUGUUUACCAUUUCCGCAUCGCGGAUACCGGAGACAUGUAUUCAACAUGUUCCAUCAUCGUCAAUCCCGGACCAAAGAAUCAUACUGUACAUUUAACUGACAAUGGGUUUGAGCCAAAGGUAUUGACAGUACGUCCAAAUGACAGAGUGUGGUGGGUGUGGCAGAGCUGUAAGAAACAACAUAACAUUGUACAGGUGUCUCAUCAAGGAGUGCCCAUCAACAAUGGCUUCCACAGUGGGCAGACACGAGACAGUCCGUCAGCGUUCUACUUCCAGUUUGUCACUCCAGGAGUUUACUACUUUAUCAGCGCAAACCUUCCAAAGAUAUUUGGAGCAAUUGUUGUCUCUACACAACCACAGGUUCAUGAAAUUGCCGUCAGCUCACAUGAGAUAAAACCGGACCCAGUAACAAUACAAAUGAAUGACAUCGUCUGUUGGGCAUUCCGAGGCCCGCGCUCACAUGGUGUGGUUCCCGUGGAAACGGUUGACCAGUUACUGGACGCACAGUUUGCAGAGAAAACUGUAACACCAAGACGGUGUAUCGCUGAAGCAAUACGAAGAACUGGAACUAUGCAUUUCUACAGCAAGUCUUUCCAAAGUCGCAAAAAAUCUCAUGGUCACAUGGAUGAAUCGAGAAUGAGCAGUGUUAUCUGUGAUGAGAGGUUUGACAACGCUGUCAUCCGUAUUGACAAAAAUGGCUUCCACCCCUCAACUCUGUACAUACAAAAGGGCCAGAGUGUUUUAUGGACCUGGAAGGGGACUGAUCAACAACACAAUGUCAUCCAUGUGAACUCUCCAGACAGUGAGCAACCAUUGAAUGUGAUCCAAGGAGCUCAGUCAUUUAACAGUGGGAAACCUGUGCCAAAUAAUUCCUUCCUGUACACCUUUGACGAAAAUGGAACAUUUACAGUCGCAUCCCAGGGUGCACCUGGAUAUUCAUGCACAGUGAUGGUUCUCGAUGUUGCUCCCCGGGCCUCAGAGCCUUACAUCAAGUCUGAACAAAAUGGCGGAACACUGAAUCGAAAUGUUCGAAUCUUCCUAGCCAGUGAAACAGAGGGAGCUAGUAUUUACUACACAACUGAUGGCACAGCCCCAGCAGAGUAUUCACACACAACAAAGAAAUACAAGCCUGACCAAGGAGUUGUGUUGAGAGAUUCAGGUCUCAAUUUUGUGCGAGCUAUUGCAGUUGCCGAGGGCUACCUGACCAGUCACAUCUUCACGUCAAAACGUUUCUGGGUGUUGAAGGACCUAGAUGGAGAAGGGGACAAAGUUUCUGAUGAAUCUGGACCUGAAGAACUAGACGGCAAGACACCAUCGUCGGGCAAGCAGUGGAACUGGUGGAACUGUAAACCCAAACUGAAGGGCUGUUUUACCAACCCUGGAGUCAUGGAGAUCUUCUGGGAACUACCACCAGAUGGCGCUCAGUCUCUCGUCAAAGGCUACCAGGUUUUCCUCAAUGGUGUCUCGUACUGUGAAAUGUUUCCUCGCACCAACAACAGUUUAAACAUCAGUGGGCUGGCUGGAGGUCGUACGUACGAGGUGUUUGUCAAAGUCUAUCCCAGUGACCCAUCACAAUCCGACCUAACUUCCAACAAGCUUAUGAUGAAGUGCCCAGUCCUGAACCCUGAUGGAGGACCAGUUAUCUCCCUUGAAGUGUCUGAGAAACCAGAUUCCCUGUCAAUAGUGUGGAUGUCAAUUGACACAGAAGAAAGACCUGUGGAUGGUUAUAUUGUGUACCUCAAUGACCAACAGUGUGGUCCCAAGCUGGUGCCUGAUCCUGACUCGAACCGCUGUAAGGUUGUUAUUGGAAGCUGUGAUCUGCACAAGAUGUACAAAAUACACAUCAUGGCUCUCUUCAGACAGUCUGACCACACGAGAAUGUCGAAUGUGCUGGAGGUUGAGCUUCCCCUGGACACACAGAACAUAACGCUGCCUCCUAAAGACCAGCGCUGUGACGACGAUGAGAUGUACUCGGAGUACGUUGAGCUUCAUGAGGGCUCGGGAUAUCUCCCCAGCAUGGAUGAAGAAAUUCCACAAAAGUCACGGAACAAGAUUGUAGAGGUUGAGACAAGAGACCAGGGUGUGAUGACUGAUGACAACUACGAGAAAGCGACCCAGACUCCACGCGGUAGAAACAUCAAGCUGAUUGGCCGACGUAAUCGACUGAACGGAGAAGUGGAGUACCUGCCCAUCAGCAUUCAGCAGGGCGAUUCCAGCAGCAGUGAGUCAGAGGCAGAGAGCGGUGAAGAGGUGUAUGGCAGUGACGAUGAUGACGAUGACAACAGAGACCGAAAUGUCGUCAUUCUUGAUGUGGCCAAAGACCAGACGCGGGACUACUCGGACAGGUUCGGUAAACCAGAUAAACGCAGUAAGCGCGGUCGUAAGAAGCAACACCAGCAUGGUGACCAGGACGAUGGUGAUGAUGGUGUUGUGAGGACCAGGCCGCUGGGUAAGCCGCCGACCGGCAGGACGCCGAGAACAAAGCAGUCGAACGUGAUCGUGGAGGUCCAGCAGGUAGUGGAGUUAGAUGUGGUUCAGAAGACGGCCACGGACAGAGAUGAACUCAUCCACAAACUGGCCGUCCCAGCAACCAAGGAAGACACUAUGAAACAAGUCGGGGAGGGAGAGUUUGUUCUUGGUGAUGGUGAUGGUAUUCUCCCAGCACCAUCCAUCAUGGUUGAGUCUCAUGGCAAGCAUGGGGUCAAGGUCAUGUGGCAGUUACCAAAGCAACCUGACCCUGAAUAUCAGCUGAUUCUCUACGUUGUGAAUGUUGUGGGCACCAAGUUCACGAGUGAAACGAACAGCGACAUCAGUUUUGAGUGUAACCUGGUGGAGAAGGAGAAACCAGUGCGGGGCGUACAGCAUUGCUGGAACAUCCAGGGCAAAGAAAAGUGUGUUGUCAAGGGCCUGGUGGCAGGGCUUACAUACAGGAUCUACGUGAUUGCCAACUACAACCUGAUGCAUGGACAGCAGCCGUGUGAGGUGCAGACAUCAUCGUCCGUGAUCUACUACACCACACUGGGGCCGCCCAGACCACCUAAAGUCAAGGUCGUGUCAGUAGACUUGUACCAGGCAUGCAUUGAGUGGGUCCCACCGUCGGUCCACUCCGACAUGAAACUGAAGGGCUUCCAGAUCUACGUGGACAACAAACCGCUCGGCGCUAUCCGCAGCAGUGACGUGCAGCAGAUGAUAGUCAACAACAUGAUACCAGGAAAGACAAUAAGUGUUUAUGUUGUUGCUGUGACCUCACGUGCCAACCAGGAGAGUGAGCCGUCUAAAACGAUCCACUUGAGUUGUCCUCGACGUCCACCAGUGGUCAGCAUCAGCCAGCAGCCAUCGUACAAGAAGGGCUGCGUCCUGGUGGCCUGGGACAAACCUCACAACUUUGUGUCCAGCUCCAAUGAAGAGGCCAUAUCUCUGUACAGUAUUUACGUAGACAGUCGCUGGCACGGCGAGGUCAAAGCCAACAAGAUGUGUGACCAACAGGGCUACCAGUUCUUCCUCACGGACCUGUCUCCAGGCAACAGCUACGACAUCUCAGUGAAGGCGAUAUCGGGCACGCGCCGCAUUGACUCCGAGGCACAACACGUGUUCUGUCUGAGUGACAGCGGCAUGUCGAACGUCCUGUCCGUGAUGGCGCCUGCGGCUCCCAAGUCACCCAAGCUGAGACUUGAGGGUCUCCAUCCAGGAGGAAUUGACGUCACCUGGCAGGUGCCGCAGCAGUUCGGAGAUGCGUGUAUCUCGGGUUAUCAAAUGUUGAAGAAUGGUAAAGUGUACGGGUCUAUCAUCCCGCCGGAUGUGAAUAGUUUACGAAUCAGUGACGUCUCUCUCGGGGAGAAACUCAGUCUGCAGCUGAUAGCCCUGACGGAACACCCAGUCGGGAAAGACACACGACAGUCACUUGACUUGGAGAAGGAUUCUGGGAUUGAUGGGGUCAGUCAGCCGGACGAGAAGCCAGUUUCGGCAAGCACAAGCCGAAUAUCAAACAAAUUCAUAACCUUUGAUCUUAACGGCAUUCUGACUUCUGAUUGGCCAACAGUGACCAAGGAUAUUUUCACGGGUGACCGCUACACGGGAUGCAAGCCGGGCCAGCCACUGGUGGUUCACUACACAGGACUGGUGCAGGCGCCACUGGAAGUCUGGUGUGAAAUGGUGUCCGGACACUCAGCUCUGAUUGUGUGGAACACCGAACACUCCAGCAAGGCUCACUUCGUGCGACCGGACUGCUACCAGGUGACGUGGUGGCCGGGUGACACGGCGCAGGAUGACAUCAACAGCGACAGCACCGAGGAGGAUCACCUGCUGAUCACCAACCUGAGGCCAUGCACGGCGUACACCGUGAUCGUGGAGGCGAGGAAGAUGGAGAAAUACACAGACAUGGAUGAGGGAUCAAGUAUGAAAGAGACCCCAGAUGGACUCAAUGCUUUUAUCCUGACCGCCAAAUCUGAGCAACUAGCUAUCAAGACCGCCAGUCCUCCAGACCCCCCGCGGAACCUGGGGGUGGUUGCCACCACAUGUAACAGCCUCAAAGUAGCCUGGGAUCAACCACUAGAGCAUGGGGUGGAGGUCAUUGGUAUCCACUUGGAGUGUAUAUCUCUCAACACUAACGACCCUCACCAUAUCAACGUGGACGUGAUGCCUGAUUCUAAAGAUGCCAGCAUUGAGAACCUGCAUGAGAAGACCGACUACCUGAUCCGAGUGAUUGCCGUCACCGAGGAAUACUUCGACCGUCUUCCGGACAAACACCGACACAAACGCCUGCACGCCAUUCCCAGAGACUCUAUCAUAUCCCCCGAUGACUCGCCCUGGCUGCCAAACUCUAGUGUCUUAGCAAAAACGGCUGGCACCGAACCUCCGGCCAACCUGAAGGUCGUCAAGGCAACGCGUACCUCGUUGACCAUAUCGUGGACUCCACCACUGGUUUACGGGUCCAACAAGCUCCAGAGUCAGAUUGUGCGGUGGGCGGACCUGAAGCGGAACCAGCACAAGGAUGAGGACCUGGUCGUGGCGAGUCACGUGAACCUGCUGGCUACCGAGGACUCCCUUGUGAUUGAGGACCUGUCCCCCGGGGUCCAGUACCGCGUGGUCGUCGAGGCGAUAGUCAGCAUCAAGACGUCGCUUGACCGCGAGAAGUGGGACUCGGGGAUUGAGAAGUACCGGAGAACGGCCCAUGUGAUGUCGGCUCCUCUGUUGGCUCGGACUAGGGCUCCUAUAGAACCUCCUCAAGUGCUGGUGAUGUCGUACACCGAGAACACUGCCAAUCUCUACUGGGAGAAGCCGCAGCUGAUGUCCCUUGUUGGAAAGGAUGAGGAAGGGAACCCAGAGUAUCUGCGCCGGUACCUUGAGGGUUACAAGCUGGAGGUGAAUGGAAAGCUGCAGUGCUGUCUUGGUCCGUCGGCUCAGAGCUGCACGCUGACCAAGUGCCGGCCCGGCAAGCUGUAUGAGGUGGCCCUGGUGGCCAUGACCUGUACAGAGGAGGUGAAGAAACAAAGGAAAAUGAGGUACAGAGGAUUUUUUAAGAACACCGACCCCCAGGACCUCGACUACACUGCUAUCUUACAGGAUGAGGAUGACCUUGACGAGUCACCUUCAGACCCAGUAGAGGUCAUCCUCCCUAGACACCAGGAUGGUUUCCUGUCGACCCUCACUGCCGAGUUUGAGUACCAGGCCGAGCGUGACAACAAGACAUUCGGUGAUGUCAUCGUGUCGUGGACAUGUCAGGGUGGACACACAAACCUCCUCAAGCAGUUCAGCAUCGUCUGGUACUGCCAGGACGACCGGGUCAUCCAGACACGAUACGUCAACCCCGAGCAGACAUCGUGCACCAUUCCCAUCACACGCAUCAAGUCUGUGUACAACAUCACCGUGGAACCAGUCUACUACACCGACGUGAUAGCUCAGCCAAUCCAGAGUGUACAGAUCAUGAUUCCCGGCCCGCCGGACGCCCCCGAGAUCUUCCUCAAAUCAGUCGAACCAGAGGAGUUCAUUAUUGAGUGGGGGGAACCCAAGCUGUUCGGUGGAGUCAAGAUUAAAGCUUACCAGGUGUAUCUGAAUGACAAGAAAGCCGGCAAUGAACUGAGCAGUUCUCACAGAAAGGCUGUUAUUCCAUGUAGAGCUAACAGGACAUACAAAGUGCACCUCGUCGCCCUCAGUUCUAACGCACAGUUUGGAGAUUCACCAAAGUCAAACACUUUACUAAUAAACACCUCAACGGGCUCUCCCCGCCCGGGGGACAGUAUGUUAGAAGACUGGUCCUCGGUGGAUGAGCACGAGAUCCCUCUGAAAAUCACCAAGGUUACGGAGAACUCCAUCACACUAGACUGGUCCGGCUUCCUUGACACAGAAGGUGUAGCAUACUACAAGAUUCAGUGGAGCAGUGUGGCACAACCGGCUCAAAGAGAGGUGCGUUUAUCGGAAAAAGACUCGAACUGUGUGAUCAAUAAAUGUCUUCCGGGAACGACUCACUUCGUGCGACUCGUGGCAUGUAAGGACGAUGGUCAGAUCGUUGACAAGUCCAAGCAGCUGACCAUGCAGACCUCGGCUCCACCCGACUCCCCUGUCGUGUCAGUCAGAGCCUGCAACUUCCGGUACAUCGCGGUCCAGUGGGACAAAGCCAACACAUAUGGUGAGGCGCUGGUCACCGGCUACAAGGUUUACGUGAAUGGCAUUGUGGAGGCCGUGCUCACCAAGGACCAGCUCAACUACACCUACACCCACGGCAAGUGGUGCCAUGAGUAUGCCUUCCAGGUCCAGGCGCUGACCGCGUGUGAGCGACUCAACAGCAAGCCGUCAGAACCGCUGAUCAUCCCGUGGCCCGGGGCAAAGGCGCCAGCGAUCUACCGGAUACCGUCCGUGAGCAGCUCGUCGCUCAGAGUCGGGUGGGAGGAGCCGUACGCGACGGAGGGAGUCAAAGUGAAGCACUAUAAGCUGUGUUGUGUUGAAGAGGACACUGAGAAGGUGAUACAGAGCAUUGGUCCGAUUCACCCCGACACCCGCGAGGCCGAGUUCAAACACCUCAAGAAGGGAAACUACUGUGUCUACCUCGAAGUGCAUCUAUAUGGUACGAGCGAUGUGGUCAGGUCAGACAUGAUCCGUAUGCAGCCCGCCCUCUCCCCCGACCCCCCUCAUAUCACCGCAACGAUAGUCGGGUUGGAGGAGCGGAGACAGAUUGAGAAAUUUACCUGUGAUCUCGUUAACAAGAGGGACAGGUUAAUCCGAGCUGUGGGCCACAAACUGAAGAAAAUAGGAGCUUUGGCUCACCCUGUUAGAGCUGAAAAAAGUGAGGAUGUCAUUCUUGGAGCUCACACCCUGACAAGAGUAGAAGAAAUGUUAGAAGAUUGUUUUAAUGCUCUGGAAAACUAUACAGGUCAGCUGAUAGCUCACGUGAGCUGGCAGUGCACACAGAGGAACCCAGACAUGCUAGUCACGGGAUACAAGGUCCUCAUUGACGGCAAGCAGUACGGAAAUGCAAUGCAUUCUGGGAUCAAAACUGUUCGCAUCAAGCUUGGACUGGAGCAGCCGAGUUACAAGUUGGCUAUGGUGUCUCUAAGUGACAAACCUCAGGGAGCGUCAGAAGAAUCCAACAUCGUGGAGCUGUUGUCGACACCGUUCAAGCCGUUUGUCUUCUACUGCUACCACGCCAUCCACAACAAAGAUAAAGUAUGGCCCCAGUAUGGUUGCUGUAAGUUCCAAGAUUCUAUUGGCUACGAGAGACAGGUUGGCAAGAAGUUAGCCAAUCAGGGCAUGCUACAGAAACAUGUCCCCCCACCGUCCUGUAGUCUGCUGGACAUUUUUGACGGAGAAUACAAACCCUUGAUGAACUUCCACAGAAGACAGCAUCCCACAAUUCUUUUGUUCUGGACGCCAUGGUGUCUGUCAUCGGGAAAUCUAAUGACACACUUCACAAGAUUUGCCAGAGAUAAUGCUAAAGAGGUGAAUGCUGUGGCCGUUACCUGUGGACUGUCGGCUAUCGGUGCGGCGGAGAGGAAGUCUCUGAUCCACACUAUCACGUCAAAUGGCUGGAGGGAAGACGGCGUGGUUUGGCAUGUCACCAGUGAGUGCGCGUCUAGCAUCUAUGAAGCAACAAACAACAUCCUCAGAACAUCAGAAGGUUUGAGGCUAGAAAACCGAGCUGAACAGGAGCGUAAAGUGGAUUUGACAGAGCUGCUAGGAAUUGCUGGCGUCCCAACCUUUCUCUUCAUUCACCCUGAUGGUUACAUAGCCUGGCAUGGCCGUUACAGCGCCUUUGACUACGCGUCGUUCACGGCGUUCAUGCGUCACACGAUCAGCGAGGUGGUGGCGUCCCCGUGUCCUGUCUACAACUGUGACUGCUGUCAGAAUGACAUGGCCUUCGAUGAGGAGAUCUUCACCACAGGUAUUCUUUCACCAGAAAAUAGAAAUUCUUCGAAAAAUGUCACAAUUCGUAUUGGUGAGACGGAAGACAUCCCCCCACCGGUGACUGGCUCAAAACACAGUCCGACUCACGAAAUGAAAUACGCCGCCAUCAAUGGUUACACGGAAAACAUUGGCGGGACAGAGCGAGUCUUUCUACGACGCCGAUCAAGCCCGAACCGUUCGAAGAAGAGAACGAAAAUAACGGUUAACAUGCGCCCGUUCUCGGCCUCAGCGUCUUCGCUUCAGCUACACAACAGUCCGUACCUCGCCCGUCUGAGACCUUCCUCCCCCGUCAGGUCACGCAGCAGACCAUCCAGUUCAAAGAGACUCAAUUAUUACGUUUAAUGACCGAGAGAGGCUGAACAGUAAUGUUCAGUGAAAUCUUUGAAAAUCAGACUGAUAUAUCUAAUCUUUAAAAGAGAGAGAGGGAGACUUAACUUUUAUAUAUAAUCUUUAAAAGAGAGAGAGGGAGACUUAACUUUUAUGUCUAAUUUUUAAAAGAGAGAGAGAGGGAGACUUAACCUUUAGGUAUAGUAUUUAAGAGAGAGAGAAUUAACUGUUGUAUAUAAUCAUUGAUAAAAAAAAAUAUUAUGUGUAAUGUUUUGAGAAAGUCUGAACACAAAACCACACUCUGUAAACCAGAAUUUCCUCAACACAGCACAUUUUUUAUGGUCUCUUUUUAAAUAUCAGUAUACAACAGAACCUCUUUAAACUGGAUACCCCUUAAAACCAUUUUUAGUUGGUUCUGUGGGUGUCCAGUUUAAGAGGGGUUUUACUGUAUAAUCUUUGAGAAAGAGAGAAGGACUGAACUGUCUGACAAAGAGACUGAAUUAUGUCUAAUUUGACAGAAAAAGACUUAGCUGUUAUGUAUAAUGAUUGCCAAAGAGUUUAAAUGAAUUAAUGAAAUCAUUAACAGAAAUUUAGAUAUUAUAUAUAAUUAUUAUCAAAGAGACUAAACUGUUAUAUAUAAUAAUUGUCAGAGAGGCAUAACUGUUAGAUAUAAUCAUUGACAGAGAAUCAAAACUAUUACAUACUGUAAACAGGAUUAAUACUUUGAUGUAGGUUUUUUCACGAGCCAAAUUUACAAAAGGAUAUUUUCCCAAAUAGCUGUGUAUUUGUAAUCAUUGGGGAUAUAUGCCGGUGUUUGGUCACAUGAACAUGGUUUAUUUUGGCUGUAUUUUAAAACGUUUACAUGCAUUGAUAAACUUUUGUAAUUUGUCUGUUGAUUAUUUCUGCAUAUUUAUGCACUUCUCACUCAUGAACUGUAAGCUGUGUGCCACAAUUUUUGCCUUGUAGAAAUUUGUAAUUAAAGGAGCUUAAACAGGGAACUGAUUUAUACAUUCUAUAUUGGAUUAGUAUAUUCUGUUAAACACAUUGCACAUAUUGAGGUGUUUCUUCCAAAGCAUUUGACUCAGAAAGACAUCUGACAGAAGAUGCCAAUCCAUGUAUGAUGUCACAAUAAAGCAGACUUACCACAUACUACAAUUUUAUUGUGACAUCACUCAAAGAAAUAUAAUACAAUGAUGUAACAUCAUGCUAUUGUCAUAGGGUGACAUCCUUCAAAAACAAUAGGUCAUACUUUUGUCCUAUUAUGAUGUUAUUAUAAUGACAUCAUAAUUUUGUUCUAUUAUAAUAUUUCAAUAAUAUCAUCAUGAUUUUGUCAUACUAUAAUGUUACAAUCAUGACAUCAUGGUUUUUUCCUAUUAUAAUACAAUAAUGACAUUAUGGUUUUUUUCCCUCUUGUGAUGUUAAAUAAUAACAUAAACAUUUUUCCUAUUGUCAUAUGACAAUAAUGACAUUAUGGUUUCAUUCCUAUUAUGAGGUACAGUGACAUAGUGAUAUCGAACUAGCAAUAAUAUAUUUAAUUUUAAACCUUUCUGGAUUAUAUGAUCAACACUUGGUUUUUUUAUAUAUACGUUUCAAAAUUGAUCUCCAAACCAUUGUGUUAACGAUGUCAGAAAGCAUGCAUGUUAAGUAACUGAUGAUUUCAAUUGUUCAUACAAGAUCAAUUGCAAAUGCUUCACCUUUUAUUAUAUAUGAUGUUUAUAAUGGUAUUUGUGUAAUUUUCAAACAAGUAAGUUAUGUGGACAUUUGAGGUUAACUGUCAUACCUGCAAGCUGAUUUUGUUUUGUGCUGUGAAACCAAACAUUUUAAAAAUAUUAAUCAUAUUCUACAUUGAUUAUUUUUAUCACUGGAUAUGCAAUUAACCAGAAGUGUAUUUUUACUUGAAAGUAUUUUAAGUUUCCGUCCAAUUAGCUUGAAUUUACAGGCUUAAAGUAUUAUUAAUAUUAAAAUUUUAUUUCACCUUAUUUAUAACUACAUAUACAUGUAGUAGCAUUGUGUGAUAUUUCACAUAUUAUACUGUUGAAUAUUGAACUGUUUUUCACAAUACAGUUUUACAUAUACAUCUUUUUAUACCUACCAUCUGCUUUGUGCAUCAAGAUCCCUUUUAUCUGUGAUAUAUUACCAUUGUAUAUUAGUUUGAGGUAUGUCUUCAUAUAAAAUUAUAGAUAUUGUAUGUUCAAAAAUGUUAUGCUUUACGCCAAUGUGUGUUUUUUAAAUGUAUUUUAAAUGUUUAUCUUGUUUAAUAAGUUACAUUACAACACUACAAUGUGUGAUCAAACAUUCUCUAUCAUUACGGUACAUUACAACAUUACAAUGUGUGGUUACAUCAGUACUCUUUCCCUCCCCCCCCCCCCCCCCAAAAAAGAGUAAUAAGACCAAACCAAAUAAAUUUCUGGUCUCUGGUCAGCACAUGCGUCAAUUUUGACCCUCGCACAUCAACUUUUUUUCCCUGUGGUAUGAUGUCAUUUUUUGCCAUUCUUUUUUGCUAUGAUGUAAAACUGCAUUUGAAGCCAAAAUGCCAUUGCACAUGAACUAGGAUGUGCAUUCUGAUUUCAAUUUAAAUAUGCUCCUUAUUUCAGUAUCAAACAUACCCACCUUUUCUGUGUAAUCCAUGCUUAAAAUUAUUUUUUUUUAAUUAAAAAAAAUAAAUAAAGCUGCAUCGCGGCAUAAAUUCUGAAACUUUGGUCUGACCAGAGACUGACUUUUUUUUGCUUAAUAAUAAAAAAUUAAGUAAUUUACAAUCAACAUGUAUUUUUUAAUUGCAAUGAGAUAGAUGUUUGUUUUUGUUCAAUUUUUGGAACUGACAUUUUGUUGUGGGUUUUUCAUAAGCAUGUGUGUAUGAUACUGAUAUUGUUAAAAUAAGUUGACAUACAAACUGGAAGGAUGAUUUAUGAAAAAUAAUUAACUUGCUUAACUUUUGUGGGUAAGUAUUGUAUAUUAAGAAUCGUAAAACUGUAAUGUGUGUUUUGUGACAUUAAUAAUCAGUGGCGUAGCUAAGGGGGCAUGGGGUCAAUGCCCCUCUCACCCAAUCAAACAUUUUUUCUGUUCUUUACUGUAUUAAUUUUAUAAAAUUAUACAUAAAUAAUUUGAGUUGUCCCCCCCCCCCCCCCAAUAGUGGGUUGUCCCCCAAUAUGAAAUCCUGGGUACACCAGUGUUUAUAUUCUUAUUAUAAUUAAUCUAUAUAUUUGUUUCAUAAUUUUGUUAGUAACCAUAACCUGUAUGUCAUGUUAUUAAAAUCACAAGCUGUACUCUAAUUCCAUUGAUGUAACUAAUAAUCAUAAAUUAUAUAUUUGUACAUAAUCAACAUUAGUAUUCAUAAGCUUUAAUUUUAGUUGUAAUUAACAUUGUUAGUGAGUAUAUUUUAUAUCUCAGUCAUUUAAAUGGAUUAAUGUUCUUUUGUUUCAACAUUUUCUUAUAAUCUUAAAAAUUGAUUCCCACAAAUGAAAUAUUUCACACAAAACUGUUAAAACAGUUACACUAUAUAUGCAUUAUAUUAGCAUUUCAAGGUUAUAUACUAAUAAUAGUUACUGUAGUACUAUACAGCAUUACACAAUAUUAAAGCAUUCCACGUUUAUGUAUUAUAUAUAGUAUUACACAGCUAUGUAUUAUAAAGCAUCCCAAAGGUAUAUAUUAUUUAUAGCAUUUCACUAUUUAUGCAUUAUAUAUAUAGCAUAUCAAGUUUACACAGUUACUUUCUCUUGCAUAUGGACCAAAUUUAUACUGUAAUGAAAAUAUUUUAGUUAUUUAUUUAUAUGUUUAUUGAUAUUCAUAUUUGAUACAAGCUAUUUAAUAUUUUAGUACAACACAUAACAAAUAUCCACUGCUUCCACUUGCAAAUAAGAAACCAUCUGGGGGUUUUGUUACCAUUAUUAUUUAUUAUUAUUAUUAUUAUUAUUAUUCACCCUGUGAUACACUUUUCCCUUGGUAUUAAGCUGAAUAUUGUGAUUUGAUUUUCAAUAAUUCAAGUUUUCAUCAGUUAAAUGUGACAGGGAGCCCAAUCAAAAGUAUUGUUACAACUGGUUUGAUUAUGAUACUACAUUCUAAUUAGCCACAUGUUAUUUUAGAAUAUAAGCCAUUUGGAAGUUUGCUGUGAACUUUGUACUUCAACCGUUAUAAAUUACAACUGUCUUGUUAAUAAACUGUUGAUAUACCCA